AUGCUUCACAAUACCUGCAAAAGGGCGCUCUUCUCACACUUUGUAUCGUCCUCGUCGUCUGCAUCAUCUUCAAGAGUCGCCCAUGUUGCUUUCUUCUCAACACCGUCUGCAACACCCCAACAGGCGACACCCUCAGCGGUAGAAACAAGUCCGGCGCUUAAUCAUGUGAACGACAUCCCAGGACGACGUUCUCGACGUAAAAAGAAGAAGUCCUCCAACGCACCGACACCCUUCCUCAGUGGACUUCAUGCGCAUGUCAGGCAACAGGCUCAAGAGAAACAGACCAAGGACUUCGCGGAAGAAGGACGGGCUAUUCGGAGGGAGUCCACCACUAGCACAGAGGAACAGCUGAAGGAGACGGACACACUACGUUCUGAAAGAUUUUCUUUCGAUGGCGGUCAAAACGGCACCUUGGAGGUACCAUCCUUGACGGAAUGGCGCGCACUAGAGGGCGAGAAGAAGAAGGCUAGUAAUCAGGAACCGCCGACAAGAUCUUCAUCUGUCACUCAGCACUUGCAGGAGAUAUACUCUGAGUCGUCAGCGUCGAGUGCGCCAAGCAAGAAUGGUUCGAAGGCCACGGCGCCGACCCUCAAGACACCUAUUGCCAAGAAGCCAUCCCCUCUGUCGCAGUUGAUGGAAGAGAAUUGGAAGGAAACAGAGUGGAAGGACGAUUUGACUGUGAAGGCAAAAGCUCAAGGCCAAACCCUACUCAAGCCAUCGGUGACGGGACGCUUAAAGAAGAAGAAGAAGAGGUCCAAGUCCAAUGAGACACGACUGAGAGACCCGCCCCCUCAUGGUGCACUCAUCCGGAAUGAAGUAUCUGGAGUGCUGAAGCCAGAAGGAGAGGUUCUUCGAGUCGCGAAACUUGCACACGGGUUGGAUCGUGUAUUGUUCAAUCCAGGUGUCCAUUGGGUUCAGGAUCCGCGAUCGAGAGUUUACAACUUUACCCCAUGGUUAGAGAAGAUACCAAAAGUAUCAGAAUUCGACUACGAUCGCAUUCCUGGUUUCGUACCCAGCUCGAGGGACAACGACCUGCGCUCCUUGGCUUUGCGAGAAAAGAAGCGGUUCUGUGGAUCGACAUCAUCGCUUAGCGGUAUCCUCUCGCAGUGUUAUUUCUUGAUCUCCGAAACGAAAGAAGUCGACACGUCCUGUCUCAGCCAGGCGUUCAGGAACCAGCCCAAGACGUUCUCUCCUGGACAACGAUGGCCGGCCUCCAUCAUUCUCAACUACAAGGACGGGGUGUAUUGCAUUGACUCGGACAAGUCCAAGACCGAUUUUCCAGAGAAGACAGUUCUUACUUGGCUGGGCACGCUCCUGGAGAAAUUCCUCACCCUCAAUCCGGCCAAAUUUAAGCAGUUGUUGAAGGCUUCUCCCGAACCUCCGGAAUCAGAAUCCAUGAAAAACGAGCGGGAACCGUAUCGUUACGCCAAGUCGAAAGCAUUUGUUAUGCGGUCGCAACUGGAUUGCUAUGACCCUCGGUUACCUGGGACAGGAGUUUUCGAUAUCAAGACGAGAGCUUGCGUUGCAACGCGGUUAGAUAUUCUGAAUUAUGAGGAACACACAGGAUAUACCAUCAAGAAACAGACCGGACGAUUCGAGAGCUUUGAGAAAGAGUACUACGAUCUGAUUCGUUCCGCGUUCUUGAAAUAUAGUUUCCAAGUCCGUAUUGGAAACAUGGAUGGAGUGAUAGUGGCAUACCACAACACUGGCAGGAUGUUUGGAUUCCAGUAUAUCCCUCUCUCCGAGAUGGAUGCUUGUCUUUACGGUUCCACCGAACCCGGUGUCGGCGAUCGGGUGUUUGAAAAGUGUGUGGGAUUGAUGGAAAAGGUUAUGGAUGAGGUGGCGGGUUGCUUCAAGAAACAGUCCCUCAAAGCUACCUUUGAAACCAAAGAAGAUACCAAGGGAAUGUACAUCUGGGUGGAACCUCUUGAGUGGAAUGGACCCGAAGAGCAGCGUCCAAUUGAACAGCUGCGCGUUGAGGUGACGAGUUACCUCGGAGAGGAUCCUGUAAAGGGUAUUAAGGCAGCCGUCACCACUGACGGAGAUUGGACAAUGAAAUACAAGAUCUCACGGCUGACGUUGACAAACGAGACCAAGCGAGAGAACUUGGCGUCCGCCAGGGCAAGACAGAACCCUGCCUUCCUCAUCCCGUCGCAUGUUGCGGAAGACGAACUGGAAGCGUACUGGGCUUCGCUCAAUCAUAGCGGGAAGCCUUCCGAGCAAGAAGCCGAGUUUAAUCCCAACUUGUUUAUGCAGCCGCCACCUGCGAUUCAGCAUCUGCGGUACUUGUCCAGGGUUGGUAAGGCGGAGUCGGAGAGAGAAACUGAGUUAUACGGGGAUCAGCCCAAAGUUGUGUGGCGAGCGAAGCGCCCUGCUAGUGUAUAA